ACUUCAAGCUCUAUGUGAUUCGACAGCAUGCUCUGAUGGAAUUUCUACUAAAUAAAUAUUUCGGUGUUUGGGCGGCGCCCCUGUGACCCUUUGCGUACUAAAUAUUAGGUAACAAACAUUGAGUAAUGCUUAAGAGAAAAUGCUGAUUUUAAAAAAAUGUUUUCGGACAGAUAGCCAUGUCACGUUAGCAUUUAGCUUAACUCUUGAGACGGGGAAACUCCUAACUUAGUUCAGUCUCAAUUCACUCAGGAGUCAGGAAAACGACCGGUGGGAUUUGGUUGGCGCUCCUUAUCACAUGCAGAAUAACUGUAGUUGUUUAUUUCUCACACAUGUUUUGUAUUAGUGUGCGGACCUCGGGGUGGCAAUGUGUUAACUCGGACAGGUUAACUGGACUUUUAAUAAACAUCUGUCCGAAGGUCGACAGCCUCAACGCGACAGCUCCACUGAGGCAGAUAAGGUUUUAUCAGGUCACACCAACAAACCAGCCUGACAAUAUGACCACUAGGAGCUGACUACGACCGAGCAGGGACUGGUGUGAGAUAAACUAGGACAAUAUUUACCACAAUGGGGAGUCAGAGAAACAGCUUGAAGAAGGAAAGCUUUAUUUUGUCUGUGGACGUAGGGACCACAUCGAUCAAAUGUCACGUCUAUGACAAGGAGGCAAAAAUCCGAGGAUCAUGCAGAAUCAAGGUUCAGCCCUUAUAUCCAGAGGUGGGACAUGUGGAGAUGGACCCUGAUGCCCUAUGGAGAGGGUUUAUCACUGUGGUCACAGGAGCUGUACAAGAUGCAGGGGUGCAGAUGCGUCAGAUGGAAGCCCUCGGCAUCUCCACCCAACGAGGAACUUUCACAACAUGGCACAGGAAAACUGGGGUUCCUUUCCACAACUUCAUCACCUGGCAGGAUCAGAGGGCUGCUGACCUGGUGAGGUCCUGGAACAGGUCCUGCACCAUGAAAGCAAUACAUGGCGUGAUGAAGGUGCUUUACUUUCUGACCAGACAGAAGAGGUCACUGGCUGCCAGUCUGAUUGUUUUCUCCACUCAACACGUCACCUUUCGCCUUGUGUGGGCUCUAACACACUACAAGCAGGUUCGUCAGGCCGUAACUGAAGGAAACUGCUGCUUUGGAACAAUCGAUACCUGGCUGCUGUUCAAACUCACUAAAGGACGUGUCCAUGCCACAGAUUUCUCUAACGCCAGUUCAACAGGAAUUUUUGACUCGUACCAGAUGUGUUGGAGUGGAUUUCUUAGCUCUCUUGUUUCUCUGCCUCUCUCAAUUUUUCCCAAAGUAGAAAACACGGGACAUGACUUUGGCUCCACUGACCCUUCCAUCUUUGGCGUGUCCAUCCCCAUCAUGUCUGUGAUGGCUGACCAGCAGGCAGCCAUGUUUGGGGAGUGCUGCUUUGACGUUGGUGAUGUUAAGAUCACAAUGGGAACAGGAACGUUCAUGGACAUAAACACAGGGAGCAAACCACACACAUCUGUAGGAGGUCUGUAUCCUCUGGUUGGCUGGAAGAUCGGCUCAGAGGUGGUGUACCUGGCUGAGGGAAACUCAGCUGACACGGGCACGGCGAUUAAAUGGGCUCAGGAGCUGGAGCUCUUCUCUGACGUCCAGGGGACCAGUGCCAUGGCAUACAGCGUCAGUGACUCAGAUGGAGUCUGUUUUGUUCCUUCCUUCAGUGGCCUGCAGGCUCCUCUGAAUGACCCCAAAGCCUGUGCCUCCCUCAUGGGUCUUAAACCAUCAACCACCAAAUGCCACCUGGUCCGAGCCAUCCUAGAGUCUAUCGCCUUCAGAAACAAGCAGCUGUACGAGCUGAUGCUUAGAGAAACUCACAUUCCCAUCACAAAGAUCAGGGUGGAUGGAGGAGUUUCCUCCAACGACUUUGUCAUGCAGCUGACUGCAGACCUGUUCAGCAGAAAGCUGGCCAGACCCGAGCACCAUGACAUGUCAUGUUUAGGGGCCGCGUUUGUCGCUGGACUUGAAGUUGGUUUCUGGAAGACCAGAGAGGAGCUGAAGAAGCUGCAGAACACUGACAAGGUGUUCCUCCCCCGAGGAGAACCCCAACUGUCUCAACCUGCAGGAGGCCCAAAUCGGGAAUACCUCCCUGUCCUCCAGAGCUGGGAGAGAGCUCUCAAACGCUCCAUGAACUGGUACAACAAGACUUAAAACUGGGCAUGCACUGUUAGGAAGAUCCAGGGUUUUAACAGGGUGAGAGGUUUUGGCACAAGCUCUGAAUACAUGUGAUAGCAGACUUUUUACAAAGGCUUUACUUGAGUUAAAAAAGAAUAUCAAAGGUCCAUUCAGGUUUGACUGCUGUCAGCCACCUUCACUUGGGGUCUUUUACAUUUACAUCAAUGUCUUCAUGUUUAUUUGUUGUAUUUCUCAAUCAAUUAUACCUCUGUUUUUUACAGUAUUUUAUCAGAAUGAAUACUCUGCACAACUUUCCACAUGGGGGCGCUAAGGACUGUUUGUACAGGUUUUUAAUUUAUGACCUCUCCCAUAGCAACCACAUGCCACAUGCUAAUAAGAGAACAGUCAAAUCAGUGAUAUCACAUUCAGACGGAUCCUCUGUGAGGAAAAUAAAGACCGAGCUUAAGCCUUCAUGACACCUCAAGAAUUAAACUAGGAAGCUGUGAUAUUAAAACUAAGUCACUGUAAUUCUUUUCUGUCGUAUGAACCUCUUAUAUUUGAUCUAACAGUGUUUAGAAGAAAAUAUGAUCCUUCAUGGUGUCUGUUUAUAGUUUAACACAGCACUUAAACGCACAUUUAGAGUUAACAUAAUCACAAUUUGGUGAUUUUUGCAAUGGAACAAACAUCCUAAAUACAGGAAACCAACUGGAUUUGAGUGCUUCUGCACCUGGCUCUCUUCUACUGUGAUGUAUCACACAUCCCUGUCAGUGAGAACUACAAAAUAAGCUUUGUGAAAGAGGACUGUGAUAGGACUUUUGGUAAUACUUUAUUUAAGUAGGCUCUAAUGAACAAGUAAUAACCUAGUCAUUUUAGAGUAAUUCAUAUUAAUUUCAAGAAUAAGGUGGAAAAUAAUAACCUAGCAAAAACUUGGAAUGUUACCUAGUAAUAAUUUGAAAAUAUGGCAGUAUUAAAGGAGUAUUUACCUUGGGUUAAUGUAUUGAUUAUCACAUAAUUUCUUUUAAUUUUUAGGUCAUUUUUUAAUACAUUCCUUGACAAUUCACAAGUCAUUUUUAGGUAAGUUCUGCAUAACAGCCCGCUAAAUUAAAGUGAGCCCUUCCUCCAUAAUUCUCAAGUAUUUUCCAUUUAAUUAAAAAAAAACCUGUCCUUGUGUUAAGUUCCAUUUAAGGCACAAUGGUAACCCAUCUAUGCCUCUUACCUCUAUAACACAUUUUUAACAUAUUAAAAGUAUACUUUCAAUGUUUUGUAACACACCUAUAACAUAACUAUAGUUGAGUCAGGAACACUCUCCUCAUACAUUUAACCAUUUUAUUGCAAAAUGAAUAUACAGUUUUACUUGGUCUAGAAGGCUCUGCUCAAAAUAUGAUCCAUGGGUUAGUCAAGCAGCAUGCUUUGACUUUCCAGAGAGUGCAUGGCUGGAAACCCCUGGUCUUUAAUGAAAACAAUAAAAUUAAUUCAAAAGCCAAAUCCAUCGUAGCAUGAAUCUGAAUAUGAGAGUCAAAAGCUUUAUGCUAUAAAGGAGGAGGCUGGGAUGGAGGAGGUUGAGCUUUGCCAGCUGCAGCAGCAGAAUUACUGCAGGCAGGGAUUUGUGAGAUGAGAAUCAUAUUUAAAUUCAAGAGGUGUGAUCAGCUGUGGGAGCUGGGAGGUAAUAAUUAAGAUCAGCUGAUCAUCAUCUGAUCACGGCUGGGUGUAUGACUACUGUUUCUUGCAUGAAUUAAUGAAAGCUUCAUUUAUAAGCACUCUUGACUAUUAAUCAUGCCUCUUUACAGUAACAUCAGUGUCUGUAUAAUUUUUAAACAUACUUAAAAUGUGUUAUAUUGUGCAUAUAGUUAUAAGUAUAUAUAAAUAUUCAAAAUGCUUACCUACAAAUGACUUGUGCAUCAUGAAGGAAUGUAUUCAGAAAUUACCUUGAAAUUUUAACGCGAAGCAUUAAGAAACAACCAAAAAAAUAUGGGGAAUUGAGGGAAGGACUCACUUUAAUUAAGUGGCUGAUAUGCAGAAAGUACCAAAAAUAUUUGCUUAUGAAAUACAAAUUUAAGUAAUGAAUAAAGUUAUUACCUAAAAGUUAGCUGAAACUUAAUAAGGAAGGACUCACUUUAAUUUAGUGGGCAAAAAUAAAGAAAUGUUUUGGGAAUUAUCAAGCAACUUGUAAGGAAAAACUGUCAGCUUUUUUAAGAAAUGAUUUGUUUAAAUGCCACCUAAUUACCAUGAUAUUAAAAGGAAUUACUUGACUAUUAAUGAAUUAUUACUAGGUACAUACUCCUUUAAUAUUACAGUAUUUCAAAAUAAUUACUUGGUAAUAUUCCAAGUUAUAACUAGGUAAUCACCACCUUAUUCUUGAGACAUUACAAAUUAUUGAUGAUCAUUAUUAUAAAAUAGUUACGUAAUUACUAAAAAAAAAAAAAAACUAGGUACCAGCUAAUUAGUUUCAGCUUUUAAAAAGUGUUACCAACUUUUUAUUGGAUCAUUUGGUCAAACUGAGGAUCUUUUCUAAAAAGUUUGUUUGCUGUAACAGCUUUUAUAAAUUCAUGAUGUCUUCAAAAUUUGCAAUGAUAUCAUUUCAAUGUGUGCAUGUUUACAUGAACUAAUGCAUUGUUUAAAAGCAAGAUGGUCAGGAAAAUAACUGUGGACUGAACUUGCCCUGAAAAAAUGCUUAUAUUGGAUUAUAUGUGAUUUGUGCAGAGUCAAAUCUGACUUGUUAGUGUGUGGUUAUGAUUGCAUCUCAUGAUGAUGUCAUUUUGACUAAAAAUUGCCUGUUUUUUUGCCUUGUUUUGAUAAAAUGUUGAAAAAUUACUAGGGAAAUGUAGCUGUUCUAGGUGUGGUCUUCCUGCUGUUAAAUAUCUCUGUCUUAAUGAUAUAAUAUUUUUCUACAUCUAAAAGGUUUGUUAUGCAAAGUGUAUUUGUGAAUAAUGCAUCAGUUAACACCUCAGCACUGGUUUUGAACACUUUGUAAAUCAUUCAGUUUUUGAAUGGCAAAUGUUAUCCCGAGCUGCUGGGAAAUAUGAGAACAUUUAUAAUUUUGUUAGCAGACCGAAUGAAUACGAUCCACUUUGUCUGACUUGGGUAUUAAAAACAUGAUUGAUCA